GAGUGUUGGUAUAAAAAUGCAAAAGCCACCGAGAUGGCGAAAUCCCCUUUGAGUCCCAACAUCAGACACGCAAUCGCUGGUAUUUCCGAUGAGUCAACUGAAGCCCAUACUCUCACACUUAGACCCGAUCAUCCCCUCCUCCACCGGAAAAUUCAAAUCGGCGCCGUAUGCCUUCCACCGCGUCCGCUUCCACCCGAGGCUCACCCUCUGGUCAUUCCUCCUCCUCUUCUUCGUCCUCCUCCUCUUCUUCUGCUCUCCCCCAGCCGCCUCCCCCGCCGGAAAGCGCCGCAGCCUCCACACCCUGAGCCCUAAUUGGGAAAUCAAGGCCCGAAAUUCGGCCAAGGGCGGCGGUCUCACCGUCCUCGUCACCGGCGCCGCUGGCUUCGUCGGCACCCACGUGGCGAUGGCCCUGAAGAAGCGCGGCGACGGAGUGGUCGGCCUCGACAAUUUCAACAGCUACUACGAAACCGGGCUGAAGAAAGCCCGAAAAAGCCUCCUGGAACGGCAGGGCGUGUUCAUCAUCGAGGGCGACAUAAACGACGGCUCUCUGCUGGCGAAAUUGUUCGAGAUCGUCCAUUUCAGUCACGUGAUGCAUCUGGCCGCACAGGCCGGAGUCCGCUACGCAAUGCAGAAUCCGAAUUCAUACAUCCACAGCAACAUCAAGGGCUUCGUCAGCUUGCUCGAAGCCUGCAAGAACGCAAACCCUCAGCCCAGCAUCGUCUGGGCUUCCUCCAGCUCCGUCUACGGCCUCAAUUCCAAGGUCCCCUUCUCGGAGAAGGACAGGACCGAUCAGCCUGCCAGCUUGUACGCCGCCACCAAGAAGGCCGGCGAAGAGAUCGCUCACACAUACAACCACAUAUACGGCCUAUCCAUUACCGGGCUGCGCUUCUUCACCGUCUACGGGCCUUGGGGGAGGCCCGACAUGGCCUACUACUUCUUCACCAAGGACAUACUAAGAGGGAAAGAGAUCAAGAUUUUCCAAGGGGCCGCCAGGGAUUUCACCUACAUUGAUGAUGUGGUGAAGGGUUGUUUGGCAGCAUUAGACACGGCCAAGAAGAGCACCGGCAGCAGCAGCGGGGGGGCCAAGAGGGGGGCAGCCCAGCUGAGGAUAUACAAUUUGGGGAACACCAGCCCCGUACCUGUGGGGAAGCUGGUCAGCAUAUUGGAGAAGUUGCUCGAGGUGAAGGCCAGGAAGAAGGUGCUGCAGAUGCCCAGGAACGGCGACGUUUUGUUUACUCAUGCCAAUGUAAGUUUGGCCAGGAAGGAGAUUGGUUAUAACCCCACUGUUGAUCUUGAAACUGGGCUGGCUAGGUUUGUCAAGUGGUAUGUUAGUUACUAUGCGUCCAAGAAGAAGACUGUCUGAUGAUUUCCAAUCUCAUUUUGCUAUCUAGUACUAGUAGUACUACCUCUGUCUUGGACUCAAUAAUUAUUGCUUUUUUUACUACCUACUAAUAGGUAUUGUACAUUAGUUUCGCAGGGAGAAGUUAUUUAGAAAAAGUGUUUCAUGAUGCUGAUGAUAGAUGAUCUCUCCCUCUCAGCUCUUAAACAAUGCCUCUCAUGAUUCGUUUGUGUUUUCAACUUUUCAUGAUUA